AUGCCUGGUAGACGUUGUGUUGUUCAGGACUGUGGAAACGUAAAGAACGAUGAAUUGGGGAUUUCUAUUCAUAAUUCUCCUGAUUCGGGCAGCGUUAGAUUAAAGUGGAAAAGGUUCGUGUCCAUUCAUCGGAAGGAUUUCAACACAGUGGGAAAAUUUGCUGUGUGCUCGGAGCAUUUUACAAGGGAUUGUUUUACGCUUGCUUUUCCGAUGAAAGGCAUGAAAAGGAAUUUGAAGAAGGGGACGUUUCCAACCAUUUGGAAAAAAUCCUCUCAAACACUAUCAAAGCGGAGUCGACGAUCGGUGAGUGAAAUUACAAUGUAUUUGCGCUGUGCUUAUCACCAUUAUAUUUAUUUCCCCAUUUACCUGUGACAUGAUUUUUUCUGGCAUCCUUGUUCAAUAUUCGUGUAAUGAAUGCUCUGACUAUUUGGACUUCCCAUAUUGUUGCAUGUGUUUUCAUACUUUUCUGCUUUCUUCUCAUAGUUAUAGUAAAACUGGCAUUUGCGCUGAGUGGACGUGAAGUCAAUUCCCCAAUUCCCAGACCUUUCCACUCAAGCGUAAAAUUUAGAAAAAGUGAAGCUACAUAGAAAUCCGGCUCUCUAUUUUUGAGAGAUUAUGUUGCUGUUACUUUGAGAUUUGACAGUACUCAAACUUCCUUCCAAGAAAUCUUACAGCAAAUUAAGAGUUACACGCGAGUCUUUUAAAACGACCAAAAAUGGACUUAGUCUGAUUUCUACAUUCUAUAAGUUCAGUUACUGUUUGCGGGUUUUUUUUUUGUUUGUAUUUUAAUUCUAUUUUCACUGUCUGCAAAUGAUGCAUACAUUUUAAGGCAAAGAUGUGGUUAAACCUUGCUUCCAUUUCUAGUUUUGAAAACAUCGACAUAAAGCUCAAAUUUUAAACUUGUUUUGAAGGGGAGAUACAAAAAAUGGUCGUACCUAUUUUCAUUUUUAGCUACUAAAUGAAAUUCUGGCUGGUCAAACUACUAAUGAGGAUACAGAGGAAGAAGACAAUCCUGAAGAAGAGGUGAUCUCUUUGAAAGGAAGUUCUGCACCUGAGGAGAGUGCUGACACUAUGGGGGCUCCCAAUCUCAACCCUGAGGAGUCUCCAGAAGUCAAGGGUGUUCUGAAUACAAGUCAGGGUUCUUUGCUUGAGGUAAAUCCUGAAAAGGAGGGCUGCAUCCCUGAGACUGAGACGGGUGAGAUAAGUGUUGAUGCUGAGAUGGCUUCAGAGGUCCUAGGCACUCCUGGUGAUAAGAGAGCUCUCGAGAGCCAAGGGAUUUCAGGCACUGAUGAGGUUACUGAGACCAUGCAGAUCCUGGAGGCUCAGGGAAUCGAAAAAGUGCAGGAUAUGGAUGAAGUUAUGCAGAUUGAUGAAUCAUUAACGAUUCCUGAACUUGAACAGGUUUCUAUGGUAGGCGCAUAACUCUAAUUAAUGUUUAUUUGCAUCUUUGUAUUAUCAUAAUAAUGGAAAACUACAUGUGCAGCUAUUUUACAACAAUACUAAAACACAAAAAUUUUAAAGUCUUGUUAUUACAGCCUGUAUUAAUGUUGAAAGUUUGUUUUUUGUAGGAUACUCCAACUGGACAUGCUGGGAAUUGCACAACAUGCAAAACCCUGAGGAGUGAGGUGACUCAGUUAAGGGGCAAAGCCACAAGACUGAAGAGUAAGUUAAUCUCCAAUCAAGAUCAGUGGGUUGAAACCUUUAAGAUCAUACAAGAGCCUAAGCAGUUGCUGAUGGUGAAUGCUGGUGAGUCAACAAUAAUUGAUGUUGAUGAGCCAUAUAGGCAUAACUGCCUAUCUUUAUAUUUCUAUUACAUUUUAUCAAUAUUUGAUUAUUUAAUAAUAAUUAAAAUUUUAAUGGUGAUAGAAUUUUUUUAAUUCCAUUUGUUUAAGCUAUUCAAACUGAUCCAUGGCCAGUAACAAAUGAGACAGAGUUAGGGCUAGAGGAUGAAUCAGAAGAUGAGCAGGAAAUGCAGGACGACACGUAUGAGGAGUUUGAGUGUGAUGAAGACCCUACAUGGAGUCCUGAAGAAAUCGAAGAUGCAUAUAAAAAACUAAAGGAAGAUGAUGACUCGGUGAAGACUCGUCAGAACCCAAGGUACAAAGAUGCAAAAUUUAUUGCAUUUUAACAUCUUAGCUGUAAGUAUCCUCUGGGAAGUGAUUUAGGCCUAAAACUAACUUCCAUUAUGAGAGGAUCUCUUUAGAAACAAGAGUACAUGAAAUUUGUUUUUUAAUUUACUCAGAUAAGAAUUGCAAAAAAAAAAAGAAAAAAAGAAGAGGCAUAGCCAGCCCAUAGACUGGAAGUCCCAGGCCUAAAAUGUUUGGUUUGUCCACUCAACCACUUGUAAUAAAUUAUGCAUCGUUGGGGUGGGCUAGAUAGCUUAAGGGCUCAAAGUUGUCAUGUGUGCAAUCAACAGAAUUAUUAUAAAAAAGCAUUUUUCAGGAUGUAUGUGAGAAUAAAAUCCCAACCCACAAUUAACCAGGUUUACAACAAGUUGAAAAACUGGCAACACCCUGAGAAAAACAAUAAAAAUGAUAAUCAUUUUUUUAUUGUUAUUUUAUUAUUUCAGAUGCUAUGAUUAAAUGAGUAUUUCCUUUCAAUCAUUUUUUACAGGUUGGAUCUACAAGGAAAAAACAUUCGAGAGGAACCGAAGGGAAUUGUUUUCCUUUCCAAACUUCUUCUUUUGUUUCAGUUCUGCCACUUGUGCUUCUUUUCAAAACCCAAACUUUCUGUAUCACAGACAGGUACCUUUUUAACCGUAGAAAGUUUCUGCAGAAACUGUAGCCAGACAAAAGUCUGGAAGAGUCAACCAGACCUGCUAGGAAAGUUUCCAGCAGGUAACCUGCUAUUAAGUUUUGCAGUGCUCUGUGAGCCGAGUGAAAAGAAAGAAACGAUACAUUAA